CAUCAUGGUGCUGGACCUGGACCUGUUCCGCGCCGACAAGGGCGGAGACCCCGCCAUGGUGCGGGAAAUGCAGCGCAAACGCUUCAAGGACCCGGCGCUGGUGGACGCGCUGGUGCGGGCCGACGGCGCCUGGCGGAGGUGCAGGUUUCGUGCUGAUAACUUGAACAAGCUGAAGAACCUGUGCAGCAGAACGAUCGGAGACAAGAUGAAGAAAAAAGAGCCAGUGGGGACGGACGAGUCUGUACCGGAGAGUGCACAGAACCUCGACGAGCUCACGGCGGACAUCCUGGGGGCUCUGCAGGUAUCCCAGAUCAAGAAAGUCCGUCUCCUCAUCGACGAAGCCAUCCUCAAGUGCGACGCCGAGCGCCUGAGGCUGGAGGCAGAACGUUUCGAGAGCCUGCGGGAGAUCGGGAACCUCCUCCACCCCUCGGUACCCAUCAGCAACGACGAGGACGUGGACAACAAGGUGGAGCGGGUCUGGGGCGACUGCAGCUGCAGGAAGAAGUAUUCCCACGUGGACCUGGUGGUGAUGGUGGACGGUUACGAGGGAGAGAAGGGGGCCGUCGUCGCGGGCAGCCGGGGCUACUUCCUUAAGGGUCCCCUGGUGUUCCUGGAGCAGGCCCUGAUCCAGUACGCCCUCCAGAGCCUCCGCGCCAAGGGCUACACUCCCGUCUACACCCCCUUCUUCAUGCGGAAGGAGGUAAUGCAGGAGGUGGCCCAGCUCAGCCAGUUCGACGAGGAGCUCUACAAGGUGAUCGGCAAAGGCAGCGAGAAAGCCGACGACAGCUCCAUCGACGAGAAGUACCUGAUCGCCACCUCGGAGCAGCCCAUCGCCGCCCUGCACCGGGACGAGUGGCUGAAGCCGGAGGAUCUGCCCAUCAAAUACGCGGGGCUGUCAACCUGCUUCCGCCAGGAGGUUGGCUCGCACGGCCGCGACACCCGCGGCAUCUUCCGCGUCCACCAGUUCGAGAAGAUCGAGCAGUUUGUCUACGCCUCGCCCCACGACAACAAGUCGUGGGAGAUGUUUGAGGAGAUGAUGGCCACGGCCGAGGAGUUCUACCAGUCCCUGGGCAUCCCCUACCACAUCGUCAACAUCGUCUCGGGUUCCCUCAACCACGCUGCCAGUAAGAAGCUGGACCUGGAGGCCUGGUUCCCUGGUUCCGGCGCUUUCCGCGAGCUCGUGUCCUGCUCCAACUGCACCGACUACCAGGCGCGCCGCCUGCGCAUCCGCUACGGGCAGACCAAGAAGAUGAUGGACAAGGUGGAGUUCGUGCACAUGCUGAACGCCACGAUGUGUGCCACCACCCGCACCAUCUGCGCCAUCCUGGAGAACUACCAGACGGAGCAGGGCAUCCGCGUCCCGGAGAAGCUCCGAGACUUCAUGCCCCCAGGUAGUGCCCGGCGCCUUCCCUUUCCCUUUUUCCCUUUUUCCCUUUUUCCCUUUUUCCCUUUUUCCC